AUGAUUGUUUCAUUUGGUGAUGCAACUACAAGAACUUCAGAAGUUCAAUUGGUUAGAUGUCCACAAGGUUUGAACUUGUACAAAUUGCACCGUGUUCACAGAAUUUAUAAGCAAGUUAUUCAUGAUUUAGUUGGUGUUGAAGAAGCAAGUAAUGAUCUGGAUGAUUUAUUAUCUUCAAAACCUGCAUUCCCUCCUUGGUUAUGUGUUUUGAUUUAUGCUUUUUCAUCAGCUAUGGUUACUCCAUUUGCCUUUGGUGGUGGUUGGGUUAAUUUACCUGUUUCAUUUUUGAUUGGUUUAUGUGUUGGUUCUUUACAAUUUUUAAUUGCUCCAAGAUCCAAUUUAUAUUCAAAUGUUUUUGAAGUCACAGCUGCCAUUGUUGUUGCUUUUGUUGGUCGUGCCUUGGGUUCUAUUAGUGGUUCACAUAUUUGCUUCUCUGCUGUUGUUCAAGGUUCAUUAGCUUUGAUUUUACCUGGUUAUAUCAUUUUAUGUGGUUCUUUAGAAUUACAAUCGAGAAAUUUGGUUGCAGGUGCUGUUCGUAUGUUUUAUGCAAUCAUUUAUUCGUUAUUCUUAGGUUUUGGUAUCACUUUAGGAGCUGCUCUUUAUGGUUGGAUUGAUAAAAAUGCAACUUCUGAAACAACCUGUGCUGAACAAAUUAGUCCAUGGUAUAGAUUUAUCUUUGUUCCAUUCUUUACUAUUGGGUUAUGCUUAAUUAACCAAGCAAAAUGGUUCCAAUUGCCAGUCAUGCUCUUCAUUUCUUGUGCAGGUUAUGUUGUUAAUUUCUUUGCUUCAAAACAUUUUCAAAAUUCAACAGAAUUUACUGCAGCAAUGGGUGCUUUUGUCAUUGGUGUUUUAGGUAAUUUGUAUUCAAGAAUAUGGAAAGGUCUUGCGGUUUCUGCAAUGUUGCCAGCUAUUUUCGUCCAAGUUCCUUCUGGUAUUGCAUCACAAGCAUCUUUAUUGGCAGGUGUUCAAUCAGCAAAUCAAUUAACUACAAAUUCAACUUCAGGAGCUGCUACUGCUCCAGCUGAAGGUUCAAGUUUGAGUUUCGGUGUUACCAUGGUUCAAGUUGCUAUUGGUAUUUCUGUUGGUUUAUUUGCUUCAACUAUUUUCGUUUAUCCAUUUGGUAAAAAAUCAACAAGUAUUUUCACUUUAUAA